AUGGUUGUCAGAUUGCUAACUAAGCUGACACUCGUAGCCUCAGGUUUUACAGCUGGUGCUGUCUAUGCAGAUACUCAUUAUGAUGCUAAUUCCUUCGGAGUUGUCCGAUUUGGACGAGCAGCAAUAACUACAAUAAGGAUUGCAGCAGAUUACAAAUUAUUCUUUCAUAAAUAUGAGAAGUCACAUCCAGAAUAUGCAGAACGAAUGCACAAUCUCCAUCUGGCCUCGGCCCUUCGCCUGCGGACCAUGUGUUGUAAAAACGGAGGCGUGUUUAUCAAAGUCGGCCAACAUCUGGGUUCAUUAGAGUACCUCCUGCCCAAAGAGUAUGUGGACACCAUGAAGGUUUUGUAUGACCAAGCACCUCGUUCAGACUUAGAAGAGCUUAAAAGUGUCAUACGUGAGGACCUAGGCCAACAGGUGGAAGAUAUGUUUGUGGAGUUCGAUCCAGAACCUCUAGGUGCUGCCUCAUUGGCUCAGGUCCAUAAAGCAAAGCUGGCUGAUGGCCAGAUUGUUGCUGUAAAGAUACAGCAUCCAAAAGUUAAAGCUCGGUCGACUGCUGAUAUCAGAACCAUGGAGGUGUUAGUCCAUGCUGCUGGGUGGUUGUUUCCAGAGUUUGCUUAUGUCUGGCUGGCGGAAGAAACCAAAAGAAACCUACCAGUUGAACUGGACUUCUUGAAUGAAGGCCGCAACUGUGAGAGAAUUGCUAAAAUAUUGUCUAAAUUCAAGUUUCUGAAGGUACCAAAAGUAUUUUGGGAGCUGUCGUCUGACAGAGUGCUGACUAUGGAGUUCUGUGAUGGUGGCAAAGUCAAUGAUGUUGACUACAUGAAGGAACACAAUAUUUCAGUCAACCAGGUAACUGAAAGACUUGGCCAUCUUUACAGUGAAAUGAUAUUUGUGAAGGGCUACGUCCACUGUGAUCCGCAUCCAGGCAAUGUUCUAGUUAAGAACACCAAGGAUGGUCCACAGAUUAUUUUACUCGACCACGGCUUAUACCAGACCCUGACGGAUGACUUUCGAGUGCACUACAGUAAGAUGUGGAUGGCCAUGAUUAAUGCUGAUACAGAGGGCAUGAAAACGCAUGCAACGGCUUUGAAUGUUGGAGAUCUCUAUAUUCUCUUUGCUUGUAUGCUCACAGCACGCUCCUGGGAAUCUCUGCAAGCUGGGAUAGACAAACGAGAUCUCACUAAUGAAGAGCAACAGUACAUUCGAGAAGGCAUAGGGCAUUAUCUGGUGGACAUAUCUUCCAUUCUUGGUAAAGUGCCCAGGCAGAUGCUGCUUCUGUUGAAGACCAAUGAUGUCCUUCGUGGCAUCGAAGCCUCCUUGAAGUCUCGGCCGAGCUCAGCUACCUUUAUUCAUAUGUCUCGGUGCUGUAUCAAGGCUGUGACAGAAUGGGAGCUCAAGUGUUGCUCUGACUGGAGGUGUUACAUAAAGACCAAGUUUCGGCAGCAUGUUCAACUUGCACGCAUAUCACUGUACUCACUCUACCUGUGGUUUCUCAGUUCACCUUUGGGGGUGAUAAUAAAACACCAUCACUCACCUUUCAAGGCUAGCUGA